AUGCUUUCGUCACCUAUCAGCGCCGGCACACCCCCGACCAGUACCAUGGAGCUGACCGACAACCCCGCGCACAGAUUCCAAUCACAUGUCGCCUUUGACAACCUACCCCUCGGCGAAGCGACCAAGAGCAACACGCCGUCCCUGACGCUCAAUGUCCGCCACCGCGGCUACCAGGCCAAGCGCCGCUCGCGCACCUUCAUGGUCGGCGUCGACGAGCACGCCUACUCCGACUAUGCGCUGCAGUGGCUGCUCGACGAGCUGGUCGACGACGGCGACGAGGUUGUCUGCGUGCGCGUCGUCGACAAGGACAUGCGCAGCAUCGGCGCCUCGUACCAGGACGACGCCCAGGCCAUGAUGGAUGCCAUUCUCGAGAAGAACGGCGCCAAUCGCGCCAUCAGCGUCGUGCUUGAAUACGCCUGCGGCAAGCUGCACUCGACAUUUCAGAAGCUUAUUCAAAUAUACCAGCCCGCCAUGCUCAUCGUCGGCACGCGCGGCCGCUCCCUCGGCGGUCUGCAGGGCCUCGUCAACACGCGAAACUCCUUCUCCAAGUACUGCCUCCAGUACUCGCCGAUCCCCGUCGUCGUGGUGCGGCCGACGGAGAAGCGCGAGAAGAAGAAGAGCAAGCGACUCAACGACACGGAGCGGCGCACCUACGUGCGCAUGCUCUCGGCGACGGGCGGCAAGCACGAAGCGGACAGCGAGAAGAGCAGCCUGUACGAGGUCGAGGUCAAGUACUCGGCGGACGAGGAGGCGCACCAGGUGGCCAAGGUGCUCGGGCUGCCGGCGUCGUUUGAUCCCACGGUCAAGCCGCUGAACCCGAGCGCGCUGCUGCGCAACCGGUACGCGGAGCCUUCGCCGCUGGGGUCGCAGACGCACACGCCCCCGACCGAGGCGGCGGCGGACGGCGUGGGCGGCGUGCCCAAGGCGGCGGCGCCGCCGAGCACGACGGGCGGCCACAGCGACAGCGACAGCGACAGCGACGACGACGAGUUUGAGGCCAUGCCGGGCGAGCAGGCGCUGGAUCUCGACCAGCAGGAGAAGCUGCACGACAUGGAGGUCGGCGAGGCGGCGGCGCUGCUGAAGCAGAACCGCCGACUGAGCGCCGAGUCGGGGAAUGCGGAUGACGACGACGAGGGGCGACACUCGCGGAAGAGCAGUGUCAGCUAA